UAGAGGGUUUUCAAUUUUUACAAUCUAAAACCCUAAAAACAUCAAAACGCUCCACCGCGAAAGCUCAAGCAAUUUAUCUCUCAUCAAUUGGCAAACCCGACGGCAUCUUUAGUUCUCAUUGUAACUCAAUGAGACCUCCGUUCAAUUCGUUUUCCCACCGACCCCAGCAGCAGAAUGGUUUUCAAUCAAAUUCUGCGGUGGCAAACCAGUGCAAUAACAACAUGAACAUGCUUAUGAUGCAACCUCAAAUGGGUAUUUUUAAUCCUCAGCUGCCAACUCCGUUGAGUAAUAAUAUUAAUAAUAUUAAUAAGAAUUCUAGUGUUAUGCCAUUGCUAAAUAAUGUUGGAUUCAUGAAUGGAGCUAACCAGCAGUUUCCUACACAAAAUAACAGUACGGGGUUUCCUCAAAUUGGUCCAGUUUUCCCAAACAUGAACAAUCUUGCAAUGUUCCCACAACUUCCUGCUCAAUUCAAUAACUCUUUGCAUAAUCCAAAUCAACCAAAUUGGUUGAAUUUGCCUCAACAAAAUAAUAUGGGUUUGACAAAUGGGCAGCAGCAGCGGCAACAACUACAGCAACAACAGCUUUUUUUACAGAACCAAUUGCAGAAUGUGAGCCAACUUUUGAAUUCUCAACUCCCAGAUCUCUCACAGUUUGUUUCUGGUGGCCAAGCCAUUGUUCCGAAUCCGCAUUUCGGGAUUAUGCGGCCAAACCAGAUGCAGCAGCAAGCCAAUCAGAGUCAGCAAAAUUUAGCGGAUGUUAAUGCAUCGAAUUUGUCUUCUGUACCUGCUUCACUAGUACCAGGAGACCCUUCUUUCGGAAGGCCAAUGGGUGGUCCUGGUAAAAACAGUCAGAACAUGAACAACUUUCCUGGAAGAAAUGCUAAAAGGGAUUCAAAAUGGGGAUCUCAGAAGUCUAAGUUCCAGCAGCCCCGGUUCCAUCAAGCGGAUAAUGGAAAGAGAGCGUUUGCAUCUUCUAAUGGACAUAAGAAAAAAGGGCCUGAUAAUGAGAGGGCAGCUAAAUUUCCUCAUUCUAAUUCUGCAAACCCAGCUAAAGAAAAGAGAAGGUCGCUUGCUUUGACCUAUACGGAGGAAGAGAUAAGAAAGUGGCGUGAAGAACGUAAGAAGUUCUAUCCAACAAAAGCCAACAUAAAGAAGAAACUGAGUGGAAAAGAGGCUGACUCCGAGGUUGAAAAAUCACGUAGCGAGCAACUCAAGGAGAUUUUGGCAAAGCAAGCUGAAUUAGGAGUCGAAGUUGCAGAAAUUCCGCCACAGUAUCUUCUAGGUUUGGAGAAAAGGGUGAAUGGAAGGGAAGAAAACCGUAGGCCAUCAACCAAGAGGGGGAGAUUUGGAAUGAGGAAUGAUAAAAGAGGGAGACCAGAUAAGAGAGACUGUAAUUCCAAGAAGCCAAGACCAACAACUGAGGAAUCAUUUGAUGGCAGUUCUUUCAGCAAGAGGAGUCCGACCCUUUUGCAAAAACUUCUUAGAGCUGAUAUAAGGAAAGAUAAAAGCUGGUUGUUGCAGGUUCUCCGCUUCAUGGUUAUGAAUUCUUUCUUUAAGGAUUGGCCUGAGAAGCCCUUGAAAUUUCCUGUAGUAGUUGUUAAAGAUGGUGUAUCCGAGGGUGAGAUCGUUCAAGAGAAAACCUUGCUUGAUGCUGAAGAUAAUAUUGAAGCUGGCAACAAGACAAUGACCCAAAGUAUCGUUGAUGCUGCUGGUGAUGACGAUAUCGAAAACAACAAUGCUGGUGAAGAAGGAGAAGAAGAUGAUGACGACAACAAAAAACAUGACACUCAAGUUGACCCAGUGAAUUUGUAUGUUAGGGAGAAAGUAGCAGAACUUGUGAGGAAUGGUGAAGGAGAGGGAGAAAUCAUUGACUAGGAUACUUUCUCUCCUCUGCCUCGUACACCACCUCCGUCUCUUCCGCCACCUCGAGUUACUGCUCCCUUUAAACAUGUUUGUGCAUAGCAUAGGUUAGCAUAUUUUGUGUAUAAUUUUGAAAGGACUUUAAACAACGGAGGGAAGAGGACAUUUUUGCUAGACUCAUUCUCGAGGGCUUUUUUUGUAUUUUAACUUUUUUUUUUUUUUUGGCUUGCUUCUAACUGUUUUUAUAUUUUAAAUUGUGGAAGAAAUAUGUUUAUUAAAAGUUUGUAAGUUGAAAUGGUUAAAUUAAAUGUUUAAUAAUUAUUGUUUA